AUGGAAGAGACAAAAUCCAAGUUCAAGAGGAUUUGUGUGUACUGUGGAAGCAGUCCCGGUAACAAAGCUAGUUAUCGAGAAGCUGCAGUGGAACUAGGCGAGGAGAUGGUUGAGAGAAGGAUUGAUUUGGUCUAUGGGGGUGGUAGUGUGGGGCUGAUGGGUCUAGUUUCUCAGGCAGUUCAUGAUGGUGGGCGCCAUGUUCUGGGUGUUAUCCCAAGAAGUCUCAUGCCAAGAGAGAUAACUGGUGAACCUAUUGGUGAAGUGAGAGCAGUAUCUGAUAUGCAUCAAAGGAAAGCUGAGAUGGCUCGUCAAGCUGAUGCAUUCAUUGCCCUUCCUGGGGGAUAUGGAACCCUUGAAGAAUUGCUUGAAAUCAUUACAUGGGCUCAGCUUGGAAUCCACAGCAAACCGGUGGGCCUCUUGAACGUGGAUGGAUUUUACAAUUCGUUGUUGUCUUUCAUUGACAAGGCCGUUGAUGAAGGCUUUAUUUCUCCAAAAGCACGUCGAAUAAUCGUGUCCGCACCCACAGCCAAGGAAUUGGUUAGGGAGCUAGAGGAACAUGUACCUGAACGAGACGAAGUUGUAUCCAAGUUGGUGUGGGAAGACAGACUGAGUUACGUGCCUGAAUCAGAAGUUGCCAUGUGA